CUCUCUCCUUCCUUCUCUCUCCCGCUCUCCUAUCCCCCCUCCCUUUCUCUUGGUCAGUCAAUCAGAGCUUUCCAAGAGCAGGGAGAGGGAGCUUUGGACUGACUGACAGACAUUGGUCAGGGAGAGAGGUACAGUCUAUCCAGGGAAAUUCUUGGGAUACAGUGGCAAGGGAGUCUUUGAAUAUCCUUCACUUUGAGGCAACGGUUCUACAGAUUCCCUUGAAUAAGACAACCUCUCACAGCAGAGAGUUCAUCCGUCUGCCCCGGCCUUUCCUUGAAAACUGUCAUUUUUCGAAGCGAUCUACUAUCAGUUUCUCUUCAACAAACAAAGACAAUUGCUCUCCCCCUCCACCUGAAGGCAGCUUCCCGCCAAAAAUGCCUCUUGUCCCAUCCUUCCUCAUCCUGCUCCUCACCUGCCCUGCCCUCCUGACCCCAUCAGGUUCCCAGAGCCUGCAGCCUGGGGGUCAAAGGGCACCCAGGGACACAAAGCCAGAGGGUGGCGGGCAGCCAAUCAAAGUAGUGAUCUCUGAGGCGUGUGUUCAGGGGGACUCCAGUCAGACCCAGGGCAAGGAACUGGACCUUGAGCCUGGUUCUGCUAUAGUCCUUACCCAUCGGAUCCGACUGGUUCCGGGGUCGUCCGCAGGCGGGUGCGAGGCCGAGUUUGCUGCCCUGCGAGACCGUCUGGAGAGGCUGGAGAAGGAGGUGUCGUCAUUGAGGGAGAAGUGUGGAGGCCCAGAGGGGGGCUGCUGCACGUCCCAGCAGAGCAAAGGUGCAGAGUGCUCCAUCAAGCCGGAGGGAGACGAGUGUCCUAAUGAGUGCAGUGACCAAGGACGCUGUAAGGACGGCAAGUGUGUCUGCUUCCCAGGAUUCAGUGGACCCGACUGCAGUUUGUCUGACUGCCCCGGCAACUGCAAUGACAAGGGGAAGUGUGUGAACGGCCAGUGUGUGUGUGACCCAGGUUUCACAGGGCCAGACUGCUCUUCAGAGUCCUGUCCUGGAAACUGUAACAACAAGGGGCGAUGUGUGAACGGGCAGUGUGUGUGUGACCCAGGUUUCACAGGCCCAGACUGCUCUUCAGAGUCCUGUCCUGGAAACUGUAACAACAAGGGGCGAUGUGUGAACGGGCAGUGUGUGUGUGACCCAGGUUUCACAGGCCCAGACUGCUCUUCAGAGUCCUGUCCUGGAAACUGUAACAACAAGGGGCGAUGUGUGAACGGGCAGUGUGUGUGUGACCCAGGUUUCACAGGCCCAGACUGCUCUUCAGAGUCCUGUCCUGGAAACUGUAACAACAAGGGGCGAUGUGUGAACGGGCAGUGUGUGUGCGACACUGGCUUCACAGGCCCAGACUGCUCCACCAAGGCAUGUCCUGGAAACUGCAAAAACAGGGGGAAGUGUGUGAACGGUAAGUGUGUGUGUGAUAGCGGUUUUACAGGCCCAGACUGUUCCACCAAGUCCUGCCCUGGCAACUGCAGCAACCGUGGAAAGUGUGUGAACGGCCAAUGUGUCUGCGAUCGCGGCUUUACGGGGCCGGACUGUUCCGCCAAAGCAUGUCCCAAUAACUGCAGCAACAAGGGAAGGUGCGUGAACGGGAAGUGCGUGUGUGAAGUGGGCUUCAGCGGACAGGACUGCGCCGCUAAGGGCUGUCCCGAUAACUGCAGCAACAAAGGGCGCUGCGUGAAGGGGAGGUGUGUGUGUCGCCGUGGUUUCGCCUCCCGGACUGCAGCCAGUGUGAAGCUGGCCAUGUCUGGUGUGUCCCAGCUCAACACCAAGGACAUCACUGAAUCCUCUGUUACCCUCUACUGGACCCCACCUCCAGUCCAGUAUGACACCUACCACAUCACCUUCACCAGCCAGAAAGAGGGCGAUCAACAGAUAACAUCUCAAGUUGGAGGGAAGCUCACGACCUUCACCCAAACAGGACUGGCGGCCGGGCAGGAGUACACGGUGACAAUCAGGGGAGAAAUAAAUAGGAGAAUGGGCACUGAGAGCACAGUAGAAUUCACAACCCUUAUCUCUGGACCCACAAACCUUCGAGUUGUGAAGACAACCACAACAUCUGCAGUUGUCCAAUGGGAACAAUCGCAAGGAGACAUCGAUAGGUAUCGCUUAACUGUUGCACCCAAUCAGACAGACGGAACAGCCAAGGGAAGACAAGACCUAACCCUGCCCCCUGAGAGGGACUCUGCCCAGAUUGACAGUUUGGACCCGGGACAUUUGUAUGACAUCACGUUAGUUGCUGAAAAGGGCGGGAUCAAGAGCAAGCCAGCAACAGUCCAAGUCACUCCUGGUCCAGAGCCUCCCUCAGGUCUUGUCUUCAGUGAAGUGACUGAGACGUCUCUCUCUGUGUCCUGGACCAAGCCAAAAAGUCCAGUGAGUGGCUUCAAGGUCACCUACACUCACACACAGGAAGGGGAGCCUCUCUCCGCAAUGGUGGACUCUGGGGAUUCCACUCUGGCACUGUCAAAGCUCUCUCCAGGGUCCUCCUAUGAGGUCAGUGUGAUAUCCAUCCUUGGACUGGACGAGAGCGAUGCAAUCAAAGACCUGGUUAUGACACUCCCUGACCCUCCGAGGGAUCUCCGGGCCAUUAAUGUCACAGACACCAAGGCCUUGCUGCUAUGGCGACCAGCACUGGCAACAGUCGACCGUUACAUCAUAGUUUAUGGCUCUGAAAAAGGGUCAGACGAUGCCAAGAUCACUGUGUCGGGCAAUGCGGCGGAGCAGCAGCUGAAAGGCCUACAGGGCUCCACUAUGUACACCGUCACAGUCACCAGUCAGCUGGGCAACCUGGACAGCUCUGACGCCAUCACCGCCUUCACCACCACCGGUGGAUCCAGGGGAGACGGGGAAGUCCCGCGUGACCUGAAGGCCAGUCAGGUGACUCCUCGCUCAACGCUGUUGACGUGGAAAGCACCCUCUGCCGCCGUGGGAAGCUACAAGCUUACCUAUCAGACGGAGGGACAGGAGAAGCAGGAGGUUACCAUUGACUCCACAGUAACAGAGUUUAAGUUGACCAGGCUGCAUCCCAUGUCCAAGUACACCGUGCAGCUACAGGGGGAGAGGGGAGGGAGCUACACUGCUACAAUUUCCACUGAGUUCACCACAGGGAAUCUCCGAUACCCCUUCCCAAGUGACUGUUCCCAGGAGCUGCUAAACGGGAUUCAUGAAUCUGGAGAGGUGGAGAUCUUCCCCAAGGGAAGGCAGGGAAAUCCAGUGUUGGUCUACUGCGACCAGGUGACUGAUGGAGGCGGCUGGACGGUUUUCCAGAGAAGGAUGGAUGGGAAAACGGACUUCUUCAGAGGCUGGAAAAACUACAGCAAAGGUUUUGGAGAACUGAGUGGGGAAUUUUGGCUGGGUAAUGAGAACCUACACAAUCUAACCAGCAUGGCACCAAUGACCCUACGUGUGGACCUCCGUGCAGGGGACGAGUCAGUGUUUGCCAAGUACUCUGCAUUCACAGUGGACACUGUUAGAAGGAACUAUGCUCUCAAAGUGUCUGGGUACAGCGGUACAGCAGGUGACUCUAUGAGUUACCACAACGCGCGCAUGUUCUCUACCAGAGACAGAGACCCCACGCCUUUCAUCACCCGCUGCGCCAUGUCCUAUAGGGGGGGUUGGUGGUACAAGAACUGCCACGAGGCCAACCUUAAUGGCCUCUACAACACCAGUGUCAAUCACCAGGGUGUGAUCUGGACUGCCUGGAAAGGCAAGGACUUGUCCAUCCCUUUCACUGAGAUGAAGCUCAGACCAACAUCUUUCACCCCUCCAACUCAGGGAUAAUGACAAAGUGGUGGACAGAAAAUGAGAAGGGGGGAGAGGCACAGUUUAUGAACACACACACACACACACACACACACACACACACACACACACACACACACACACACACACACACACACACACACACACACACACACACACACAUCCAGGUAACUGCCGAAAUAAAGGAAACACCAACAUGAAGUGUCUCAAUAGGGCGUUGGUGUCACCACAAGCCAGAACAGCUUCAAUGCACCUUCGCCUAGAUUCCACAAGUGUCUGAAACUCUAUUGGAGGGAUGUGACACCAUUCUUCCAUGAGAAAUUCCAUAAUUUAGUGUUUUGUUGAUGGUGGUGGAAAAUGCUGUCUCAGAAUCGCCGCUCCAGAAUCUCCCAUAAGUGUUCAAUUGGGUUGAGAUCUGGUGACUGAGACACAAACACACACCCUUUAAACCAAGGCAGUUAACCCACUGUUCCUAGGCCGUCAUUGAAAAUAAGAAUUUGUUCUUAACUGACUUGCCUAGUUAAAUAAAGGUAAAAAAACACACACACACACACACACACACACACACACACACACACACAUUUUAUAUAUAUAUAUAAAAUAAACACUAUACUCCUUUGAGACCCCUCUUUCAAAGUCACUGAGAUCUCUUCUUCUAGCAAUGGAAGCCAAAAUAAUGGGCAACAGACUAUUUUUAUACCCUAAGCAUGACAGAAUGUUAAUUGCUUAAUUAACUCAGGAACAACACCUGUGUGCAAGUACUUGCUUUCAAUAUACUUUGUAUCCCUCAUUUACUCAAGUGUUUGCUUUAUUUUGGUAGUUACCUGUACAUAAGCAGACAAGCAACCACACACAGUGUCAUGCAUGUAUACACAGUACAUGCACCUAUUAGCUAGUUUGAAAAUCUCCCAAUGCCUUGCUCUCCAGACUAAAGCAAUUUGAUUUUUUCAAAUGUAUAGAGGACAGUUAUCUGUAUGUUAUAUUGUACAGUUUCUAGAUUAUCUUUGAGAUUUCCCUUUUCUUUUUUACUCUUAAGUGUUGUGGCACCCCUUGCGUAAGCUGUAAAAAUGUAUGCACUGUCCCCUGGCUAUGACGGUACAACCGUGGAAAUGAGCGGUGAAUAAUGGAGAUUUCUGUUUGUACUUGACUGGCAGUUAUCGAGUUUUGGUGAUUGUCCUUUGUUUGUCUUAUUUGUGGUUAUAUGUCCUGUAUUUUCGGUUGCCCCAAUUCUCAAAUUGUAGUUAAUACAAUAAUAAAAUAAUGGUGGAACAUGGGCAGCAGAA